AAAUAUCCAGAACUCGAAAUCAACGCUACCGGAAUUAUGAAUAAGGGCUGCGGAGUAUGCGGGAUUUAUCCCAAAUGGUUACGGAAUCGGGCCACGCACAGGAACUUCAUCGCGGUAUACGGUUUACUGGGCACCGUCCAGGCGAUGGCCUUCAUCUACAUCGCCGUCACCUUGACGACUUUGGAGAAGAGAUUCAAGAUACCCAGUCGUACGACUGGAUUGAUCCUUUCGGGUAACGAGAUCUCUCAGAUCUUGUCUCUGAUCUUGACCUACUACGGAGGAUCCAGUCAUCGGCCAAGAUGGAUCGCGGUUGGAGUCAGUUUGAGCGCAUUGUCCUGUCUUGUUUUGGCCCUACCGCACUUCAUAUACGGCCCUGGAAAGGACGCCUUAGCAUUAACGAAGGAAUAUUUGGAUCAGACUUUGUUAAACAUGACGAACAAACAUGACCUUGCGACUUGUCCACGCACGGAUCAGCCGGAACAGUGCGACGCCGAAACCAUGUUGAGCGUUAGUCUGCUCCCUCGAUUGCUCGUUUUUAUAUCUCAAUUUAUCCUUGGCAUUGGAACGACGCUUUACUACGGCUUGGGACAGACGUAUUUAGACGAUAACACGAAGAAGAAAAAUACACCUAUGCUUUUAGGUUUUACAUUUGCCCUACGCACUGUGGGUCCAGCGAUCGGAUUUCUAUUGGGCUAUGCUUGCUUGAGUUUAUACAUAGACCCAAAACUGCAUCCUGUUAUCACGCAGAAGGAUCCGCGAUGGUUAGGCGCAUGGUGGCUCGGAUGGAUAAUCCUCGGCGUUACAAUGGGUAUGUUCGGCGUUCUGAUCGCUUUGUUUCCACGUGAACUUCCUAAAUCGGAAAAUACUUCUAAAAAGGAUGGCGAAAUACCUUUGAAGCUAGAUCUACAGCAACAGCCUCCGCUGCAGAUGGAACCCACGAAACCAAUACCUCAGGAGGCUGAAUACAUUCCGACUAUUCGCGAAUUUCCAAAAGCCAUGAAACGACUGUUAACUAAUAGGCUGUUGACCUGCAACAACUUAAGCACCGUAUUUUACAUACUCGGCGCUUCGGCCUAUUUUACAUUCAUGGCGAAGUAUCUUGAAGUUCAAUACGGUACGUCCGCGGCUGGCGGCACUGUGAUAGCAGGUCCUGUAUCGCUAGUUGGCAUGGUAUUAGGAUUCUUAUUAUCGGGAUUAGUGAUUAGCAAAUUCAAACCGGGCCCUAGACCGCUCCUCGCGUGGAACGUUCUCGUCGGCAUUUUCUUUGUCAUAGGACAAGUGUGCUUCACAUUUCUCGGAUGCACGGGCUCCGGAAUUCAUGGCAUAAACUCAGAAACUAUGCAAAUGAAUCUGACAGACAGCUGCAAUGCCGAUUGCAACUGCGCGGGCGUCAAGUACUCGCCGGUCUGUCACGAGGCGUCGAAAACGACUUUCUUCUCCGCCUGCCACGCGGGAUGCCGGACGAUGCUGGACGAUAAACAGUUCAGCAACUGUAGUUGUCUGCCGUUGGGCGAACUCGGCCGUGCUGGAAGUCACUUCGAGUAUUUCAGCUCCAGCAGAGCCUUUCUUCCGGAGCAGCAGAUGUAUCUGCCCGACUCGCAGGCGUUGCCGCCGAUCUUCGACAAGGUCCGAGCCGGCCCGUGCACCACCAACUGCAACGGGCCGUAUCUGCUCUUCACAGUGCUCAGCACCGUGAUUCAUACGCUAGGCUGCUCCGGAAAAAUCGGCAACGUCCUGGUGAAUUACAGGAGCGUCGAGAAGCGAGACAAGAGCUUCGCCCAAGGCAUCACGCUGAUGAUCAUCUCGCUACUGGCUCUCAUCCCGGGGCCGAUCAUUUACGGAGCCAUUAUUGACUCGACUUGUCUCGUAUGGGAGGAAUCUUGCGGGACCAGAGGAAACUGCUGGUUUUAUCAUCGAGAAAACUUUCGAUUUUUAGUGAACAUUUCUUCGGCCGGAUUUACCAUGAUUGGAGUGUUAUUCGACGCUGCGGUUUGUUAUCUCGGUAAGGAUUUGGAUCUAUAUGGAGCAGCAGAAACUGAUAAGAGACGCGAAUUCGUGAAAGAUGCUGCGACUGAUAAUACGGACAAGAAAAAGGAAGUCAACGGGAAUUUAACUCAAAAGAUAGAGCACAGUCAUUUGUAACACACACACCGCUGCAAUCCAGUAAAAGUUUGUGGAGUUCUCUAGGUACCUGAAAUUUUUCGAGGCUUCUAUCACUGAAUAAUCCGAUGAUUUGUAAAUAGAACAAUGAUUCUAUUAGCUACAGAGAAAGCAAUCGUGUAAAUAACAUUGACAUAAUGCAUUUUUUUAAUUGUUGCAUUUCCGAGAUUUUAGAUAAUAGGAAAUGAGCACGAUUUUGGGACACAAGUUUGCAACAACGAAAUUAUGAGUUGCAACAACAGCGUCCAACUUUUGGUGUGAUUCACAACCUCGUUGUUGCAAAUUGCUGUAAAUCGUGAUAAUUUCUUUGUAAAUAAAUUACGAAUGUUUUUAUUAAUUAAUUUUGUUUUUCUUAUACUUUGUUUCGCGUUACCACUUCGCACACUUUGCAAGCUGAAUUCAUAUUUUCCAAUUACUGAAAUCGCGAGGCAAAUAUAUUCGGCCGUAAAACUUUAUCGACAUUCUUUCAUUCGACAUGCACGAAACUUUCUACGAAAGUUAAAAAUUAAUUGUUACUCCUACGCAAUUUUUAUUUAGUUUGGCUAAGCAAAAUUGGACAGAUUUGUUACUCCAAUAAAGUAUUCACCCUUCAUCGGUUAUCGUCCGCCAAAUCUCCCGCAAGCGGAACGUAAUGCGCUGCGAGAAGAAAGGGUUCGCUCGAGUGUACGAGAAAGUACAUCGUGGAUCGGUGUACGCCGUGUUCGUUUCUUUCGGAUGAGAAAGAGCGCCGGGAGGUGGAAGGUAAAGUCUUGGGGCUUGUUUUCAAGCCACCGGCGAAAUUCGGCGAGUCGGCAGGGCACACGGCCACUACCGGCGGAGGGAUUACAUCCCACGAGGCUGAAAGUAAAAAGGAGUUUUUGUUUGAGAGCCUUUUAAUUUUUAAGCCCACCCAGCUAAAGCGGGCGGCUUGGCCCGUGUAAUGAAUUCCGCGACGUUCCCGUGACGUCAGGUCGUCCCUAUCGAUCGCAUCCUUCGGAACACCAUUAAAGGAUGCGCUUUGGCAUUACGAUUAAGCGCUCCACCUUAUUCCGUCGCAAAUAAGGAAAAAUGAGGUCUACGAGGCGGCUGGCAACAUCAGCAGGCUGACGAAGACAAAGAUUCGCUGCUACGUAGCUGAAGCGAGCUUCAAGAUUUAUCGAGAAUUCUCUAUUGACUUUACUGGAGUUGAAAUAAUUUAUCGGGUUGUUCGAAAAGUGUGUAGAUAUUUUUAGGGAAAAUGCGAAAAUGACAUUUUUAUAUUUGGACAUGCGUCAAUAAUUUAUUAGCCGUUUGUUUCGAUGACCUGCCAUCUUUUAGGCACCUUUAUAAUCUGUCAGAACUUUCUAUCUUUCGGAGAGAAAAACUGUUCGACAUGAUUUUUGCAAGAAGACGGAAACUUUUAUUGUUAAGAAAAUUCUGUAGAGAUUAGUGAUAAUCGGAGAAUGACAGAUGAGAUGAAGAAACAUCUCAUCCAAGUUUCAACACCACCUCUUGAAAAUCUUUACGAAUCUGUUUUCGGACAACCCAAUAACAUGAAAUAUAAAUGUAUACACAAAUAUUUUAUAAAGAAAAAUUACAGCACCUUUUUGUUUGUAUCACUGCUAUAUGGUUUUGUUUUUUUUUAUCACUGAUAUUAAUUACCGUAAACUGAUCUCGAAACCACUCUUUAAAAAGGCAUGUUAUCCGAUAUCUCGAUAGCAUCGAAGUUUAUUGCUGCGACUUUUCCGCGAUGCCAAUUGGUUCUUUCGUUAUCAGUUCAUGUCGUGAGCGGCUGUCGUUGCGAAGUUUUUGAAGUUGUACAUAUUUUGCAUUUCUUUGUAAUUAAAAGAAUAAAUGGCGCGCGUGUAGCGCGCGCUCGUGUGUUUAGCGUCCUCCUAAAA